AUGGCAGCCUCCAAAGCGACUUCACGGCCCAUCAAAGCCAACGGAACGCGCGACUCGCGCUCUCCAUCUCCCGACUUCGACCCCGUCGCUUUUCAAGCUUCGCUCGACGACGCCGUCAACGAGACACGAGCGCUGGUGGAUAGCUGGUUGCCGAAGGAUCUGGGACCGGAGUGGACGAGUGCGUUCGCUGCAAAGAAGGGCGCGGAUGGGUUGCAGAGCUUGAAGGACAGGGCGAGGCCGCCAAGACUCGGGCUUGGCGCACAACCGGCCUCGCAGAACAAGCAGCUCGCAGAGGACCGCAAGCUGAAACAGCGACUGAUGGGCAAGUCACGCAUGUCGUUGGGCGACGACGGAUCAGAAGUCAAGGCGACGCUUUCGGCGGGCAAGGGCGUCGAAGGCGACUUGGACGACGACGAGGAGGACGAGGAGGACAGUCGAGCGAAGACGGUUGGCAAGGGCAAGGGCAAGGGCAAGGCGAGCGCGAAUGGCUACACGAACCCAUUCGUCAUUCCAGCAAAGAAGAAAGACCCGCCUACAUCAGCAAAGGGGACUCCGUCGAAGACCGCCGGCCCUUCCUCCCCUUCCUCGACCAAAUCGAAGCUCUUCAACGACCCGUCGCCCGUCAAGCCCGCCACGUCUGCAUCUACUUCCACAGCCAAGCCCCUCGUUGCUGCGACGUCCUUCUACGGUCCGUGUACCUCGACACCCGCGGCUAACGGCCAGCCUCUCUCGAAGAACCAGCGCAAGAAGCUGCGCGAGCGGGAAAAGCAGGCGCAGCGGAAGCGCCAGCUCGAGGAGGAGAGUAGGAAGGAGGCUGAGGGUGAAGUAGCAGAGGAGCGGUCGCCGAAGCGGGCAAAGGUCGAGCUUGAUGGUGCGAAGGACGAGCAGGAGGACGCGGCGGACGGCGAAGCGGAUGCCUCGAUGGCGAGCGCAGACCCUCCGACACCAUCGAAGGAGGAUGUGGUUGCCACGGGCGGAGGCGACACCCCGAGCAAGAAGAAGCGGCGGAAAAAGAAGAAGAAGUCGGGUGCGGCGGACGGGGCAGGAGGAGGGAACGCGGCGCCGCUGCUCAACCUAGCGCCGCUGCAGUCGUAG